AUGGCAGCUCCUACGCAACUUGCUUUCCGCACGCUCAAGGGCAUCGGCCUUAUGGAUGCCGCCCCCGUCUAUGCGCCCCUCUCUGGGUUUGUGAAACCAGAGGGCAACCUCCGCUGUAGCGCCUACUCGCCGUGUGGCCGGUACUACGCAUGGGCAUCUCCCGAGAAGGUCACCAUUAUCGAUCCUUCCGUUGGGCUUAUCGUUAGCACCAUCCCCGCCGAAAAUGUGUUCGAGCUGGGCUUUUCGCCACUCGGCACCUACGUGAUUACCUGGCAACGCACGUCUAAGGACGAGAACGGAGACGCCGUCAAGAACUUGAAGGUCUGGCGUGCCAUUGAGGCCGGAGACGAGCACUCGGUCGUGGGUAGUUUCGUUCAGAAGUCGCAGACCGGUUGGAACUUGCAGUACACCGCGGACGAGCGGCUGUGCGCCCGCACUGUGACCAACGAGGUCCAGUUCUACCAGAGCGAUAACCUGUCUACCGUCUGGAAUAAGUUGCGCGUGGAGGGUGUUUCGGACUUUGCGCUUUCGCCUGGUCAGACCCAGUCCAUUGCUGUGUUCAUUCCCGAGCGCAAGGGCCAGCCUGCGCAGGUUAAGGUAUUCAUUGUGCCGCAGUUCUCUGCGCCUGUGUCCCAGAAGAGCUUCUUCAAGGGCGACAAGGUCCAGCUGAAGUGGAAUGCUUCGGGUACUACCUUGAUUGUGCUUGCGCAGACUGAAGUGGACCGCACUGGCAAGAGUUAUUACGGCGAGACGACCCUGUACUUGCUUAGCGCCAGCGGUGCAUUCGAUUCGCGCAUUGAUCUCGAUAAGGAAGGUCCUAUUCACGAUGUUAGCUGGAACCCCAACUCGAAGGAGUUCGGUGUUGUGUACGGUUACAUGCCCGCCAAAACGACCAUCUUCAACUUCCGUGGUGUGCCCAAGCACACCUUCCCUCUCGCCCCUCGCAACACCAUUCAGUUCUCGCCCCACGGCCGCUUUGUGCUGGUUGCCGGUUUCGGAAACCUGGCAGGACAAAUGGACCUCUACGAUAUGGACAAGAACUACCACAAGAUUACUACUGUUGAGGCCUCCAACGCCAGUGUGUGCGCCUGGUCGCCCGAUGGACAGUACAUUUUGACUGCGACGACCAGCCCCCGCCUGCGUGUUGAUAACGGUGUGCGCAUCUGGCACGUCAGUGGUGGUCUCAUGUACAAUGAGGAGAUGACCGAGCUAUAUGAUGUUACCUGGCGCCCCCAGAGCAUCGACCAGCACCCGCUGGGCGAGCCGCUCACCAAGUUGCCUGUGCCCCACCCCUCCGCCACUGCCUACAUGGGUACGCGCAAGGCUCCUGUCAAGCCCGCAGGUGCUUACCGUCCCCCUGGUGCCCGUGGCCAGCUGACUCCCCUCGCAUUCAAGCGUGAAGAUGAAGGCGGUGCCGCCUUCGUCCGCGAUGGUGUUCCUGGUGCCAGCAUGAAUGGCUUCGGCAAGCCGCGCCGCCGUGAGAUUCCCGGCGCCGAGACCGUGGAGGAGUACCUGCCCCCUGGAGCCGCUCCCGGUGGCGGCGUUGCCCUGCCUUCCGAGAACCUGUCCAAGUCCGCCGCGAAGAACAAGAAGAAGCGCGAGGCUGCUAAGAAGGCCAAGGAAGAAGGAACCGAUACUGCUCCUCCCGCUAACGCCCCGACUGGUCCCAGCUCUGACCGUAACCGCAACCGCGGCAAGAACGCCGGUGCCGUGAAUGGAAACGGUGCCGCCAAGUCUGCCCCAGCCUCGGCCCCUGCCCCCGCCCCUGCCCCUGUUCCCGUUGAGGAUCCUUCUGCCCAAGAUAAGAAGAUCCGCGGCCUGUUGAAGAAGAUUCGCGCUAUCGACGAGCUCAAGAUGCGUCUUGCUGGUGGCGAGAAGCUCGAGGAUACCCAGAUGAAGAAGAUCCAGACCGAGGAUGCUGUGCGGAAGGAGCUCCAGGCUGUUGGGUAUGACGGUUGA